AUGAUUUUUGAGAAAGAAGGUUCUAAGGGUGGUGACAGUGGAGUCACAUUCAACGAUGGUGUUAACGACUGUGUUAGGAAAGUGAUUGUCGGAGAAGACUCUCGCGGUGUUGCUUAUAUCAAGAUUGAGUACGGGAAAGAUGAGAAUAUCGGAAAGAAUGGAGCGAAGCUUGGUGGAUUCCAUGGACGAUCUUAUGAUGUUCUUGACGCUAUUGGAGCUUACUUUGUCUCGGUUUCUUAUGCUUUCAAGCAAUUAACGCCUCAAGGUGGGUACGUCGGGGAUUCUCGGAAUGAUGGGGCUUAUGACGGUGUGAGAAAAGUGAGAGUUGGAAAAAAUGGUGACCGUGUGAGUUACGUUGAGUUCGAGUAUUAUGAAGGAGAAAAAACGAUAACUCAUUCUCACGGCAAGAAACCACAAGCAGAAUCGAAAAAGAUGGUUUCAUCUGGGAAAGCGGUUGGUACCAAAUUCGUGCUUGUGGCAAAAGGGUUGAACAAGCUUGUCGGGUUCCAAGGAAGGUCGACAAGUGAUCAUAUAGGAGCUCAUUUCGCGGUGGAGCUAGUUCCUCCGAUCAAGAAACUAGAAGGGGCGCGAUUCAAUCUCGUUGAAGAUGAAUACAUCACAUCUGUGGAAGGAUUCUACUGUAGAAGGUUUCCGAAUUUCCCUGUUACUGUGAAGAUGCUUAGAAUCACGACAAACAGACAAACAUCUCAAGUGUUAGGACACGAUCCAAACGGGUACGAGGGUACAAAGUUCGUGUUGGAUAUGAAUGAUCACAAGAUCGUUGGGUUCCAUGGAAGAUCUUCACUGAUGCUUGAACAAAUUGGUGUUUAUGUCAAACCAAUUGAUAACACUUGA